AUCUUCCAUAGCUCUAGCUACUAGCUACUAGUUUCAGGCCUGCGGCUCGUGAACACCUCAUCUUUUUAGCCACUUUUGCCACCACCGACGACGACCGAUCGAUCAGCUAGCAGCUAGGCCAUCCCGCGCGCGUCACGAGGAACCCACGGCCGGCGUCGCCAUUGUUGUCGCUGUAACUUGCAAGCUUUCCCUAGCAUCGGCCCUUUUCCCCUUCCUUUUCCCUCGCUCGUCCUCGUGCUAGCUGUGUAUAAAAGCGCGUCGCUAGCGCGCUCAUGGAGCAGCAGCAGCAUCAGGAGGUGAGGAGGAACAGGAAAGGCGUGCUGCAGGUGCAGGACGGCUCUGAGAUCCGGGCUCUCGUGGAGAACAAGGCGGAGUUCGCUAGGUUCGUCGACGACAGGUUCCGGAAGCUCGACGCCGAUGGCGACGGGAGGCUGUCGGUGAAAGAGCUCCAGCCGGCCGUCGCUGACAUCGGUGCCGCCAUCGGGCUGCCGGCCAGAGGGUCGUCGCCGCAGGCGGACCACAUCUACGCGGAGGUCCUAAACGAGUUCACUCGCGGGAAGCAAGAGUCGGUGGGCAAGGCCGAGUUCCAGCGCGUGCUGUCCGACAUCCUCCUCGGGAUGGCGGCCGGGCUGAAGAGGGACCCGAUCGUCAUCCUCAGGAUAAACGGGGAGGACCUGAGCGAGUUCGUGGAGAGCCCGAGGUACGAGCCUGAAGCCGUGGCCAUAUUUUCGCAGGCCGUGGGGGGCCCUACCAAUACCAACGACGCCACGCUGCGCCAGUGCCUGCUGGCCGCUGUCGGAGAGCUCACCAUCGACCACGGCAUGCCACCGGCUUCUGAUCCCUGGGUCAUGGAGAACGUCGUGGAGCCCGCGUUCCAAGAGCUGCCUGCUAGUGCUACCCAGCAGCUCGACCUCGACCAGCCUGUUCCCUCCCAGGAAGCCUUUCUCCAGGAAUUCAGGAGACUUUUGGGCGCCAUCACCCUGAGACUGCGACAGCACCCUGUGAUCGUCGCCCAUACCGAGAACAACUUCGACGGGAGUGGCGUCAGGAGGCUACUGUCGAACAAGUUCGAGUUCGACAAGCUGCUGGACUCUGUGUGGAGAGAGGUCCCGAAAGAACGCAAGGACAAGCAGGCGUCGAAAGAGUACCUCCGGAUCGCGCUCGACAGGAUCGCCGAUUCGGCGGGCCUGCCGCCUCUGGGGGCCGUCGGUCAGGUGGAUGCCGUGGUGAACGAGGCGUUCAAGAUGGCGAAAGCCGACGACCUCAGGGCGGUGGACGAGGCGGAGUUCAAGAAGCUGCUGACCGAGGUUCUUGGGGCCGUCAUGCUGCAGCUGGACGCCAGCCCCGUCGCUGUCUCCACCAACACCGUCGUCCACGAGCCCAUGUGCACCUCCUCCUCCUCCUCCGCGCUGCUGUCGCCCACGCCGCUGUCUCCGAUGGUGUCCUCUCCUGCUAGUGAAUAGGAGAAGACUUGACAACUGAGUGAGGAGAUGACGAUGGAGAUGGAUCACACCGGCCCGUCACGCUCAGUUUUUCUUUUUCUGUGUCACCGGGUACUAAUAACAUGUUAGGAACUUGUGGGUUUUUAUGUCGCUUAUAACUUCUCGUCGAAAUAAGGCUUUUCUAAGCUUUUGAGUAGUUGUGAACAUUUUAAGCAAUCGUGAACAGAUGGUGGUUGAUAUGUGUCCA